CAACUUAAAGAAACUGUGCAAAUCGAGUCAGUUGGCAAUCAGAAGGAAAGAGAAAGGGACAAGCCAAACAAGCAUUCGGAUCCACGCUCCGCAGCAACAACAAUAAUGAACCAAAACUUCCUCGGCGCUCCAAGCCGGGAGGACCUCCAGGUCCUUGAGACGCUACGGGGCCGCAUAAUGCCCAUGAUCGGUGUUCUGGACAAGGUGCACAAUGACAUGCAAAACCACCUCUUCCGCGGCGAAGCCCUGCCCAACCCAGACAUCAUGCGCAUGUACAGAGCCGCAACAUCCCAACUAGCCUCUGUGAACGAGUACAUCAACGGCUUCUACAAGCACCGAGAGGAAGUUUACCGAGAUGCUAAUGGCCGGCCGAUGAUCGAUCAGCAAGGGAACCAGCGCAUGCGGUAUAUUGAUACUGCGGACGAGGGCCACGCAGAGCGAGUAGAAGCGCUGCAUGUUUUCCCACAGGCGCCGUUUCCCAUGCAUAAUGAGGGCCUGGCUGGCUUGGCGAGUACGUUGUUGAACAAGAGGCUGGAGCCCCCGGAGGAGCGAUGGGUGGAAGAUCGACUCAGAAAGGCGGCUGAGUUUGCGUAUGUGCCCAGCGAGUGGAAGAUCGAGCCCAAGAGGAGUGACAUCAAAACCGAAAACGAGGAGGAUGAUGACAGUGAGGGCUAUGUCGCUGAUAUUUCGACGAAGCGGUUCAAGGGCACGCUGAAUGAAGAUGACCUUGUGGAGUUGUGGAGUUUGGGGCACAAGACGGCUUUCGACAAGAAGUAUCAGGAGGCUAGGCAGUUUGUAGCAAGGUUGACUGGCGGCGAGGUUACAGACGAAGGGGGUGCUGAGAAUGACGACCAGACGCCGGACGGGGAUGAAGAUAUGGAGGAUGAUGAGGAAGAGGAGGAGUUUGAAGACGUGGAGACACCGAGAGGGCAGGCUCCUGAACCUGUUGUGAUCAUGCAGCGGGCGCCGCCGUCGGUGCACAAACCUGUUCCUGGAGCACCGAUGUUGAACUUGGGCAUCGUGCACCGGUUCAUGGCUUCCGGAGAGGUGGCACAGGCCGGUCAGCGAUAG